AUGGACGUGGUGUACGCUCUGAAGAGGCAGGGCCGCACCCUCUGUCACCCCUCCCUGCACCCCUUCACACGCACUCCAAGAAAAGUGAAUGGGGGAGACAGGAGGAGAUGUGGCUGUCUGGGAGGAGCAGGAGGACAGAUUUUGCAGCAGCAGCAGCAGGUGGACUUUGUGCCAGGCUUCCGUGUCCAGCAGACAGCGUGUCCAGCUCUCAGCAGGAAGAUGAGCUCCACCAAGAUAUGUUUUGUUUUUGUGAAUGUGUUGGCUCUGUCGGUAACCCGUUUGGUUGAAGCAGGCCGAGUGGAAUUGGUCUCCGGUCAGACAGCAGCCACACAACAGGGGGGCGCUGUUCUUUUUUACGUUGCCUACCAGGGACAGCUGAGAGAAAUCUUGUUUGACCCGAUCAUCUUCAACCACGUGUUGGUGAACCAGGGCUCCGCUUACAACAAUGCCACGGGUGUGUUCACCGCGCCGGUCGCUGGCAUCUACCAGUUUGUGUUUGCUGCCCAGCUCUGCCGCGGAGACCACAACAACGCAUGGCACUUCAUGGUCAACAGGGAAAAGAGGAUGAUCUGCCAUGCUCAGGUGGUUGGGACUGACACAACCCUUAACACCUGCUACACAAUGGUGCAACUGAAGAAAGGUGACCAGGUGUGGGUGAGGCAGAAAGAAGGGAGUUGCGCCUGGGCCAGCACUAUCUCCAAUACCAUCACCUUCUCUGGAGUCCUUCUGGCAAGUGAGGGUGUGUCCAUGCUGGGAAAGAAGCAUGGCUCUGGCAGCUCCUGUCCACUGCCCAGCCUGGGCCGCUACACGCUGUCCAGCUCUGCAGGCCGGAGUGCUAACAUGUCUAUUGUGGCCAUCGCUCUGCUCUCUCCUCUGGGAUUAAUCCUGGCAAAGUUAUAGAUACCUAUAAUACAGUAUAUGUGCGAAAGCCUUUAUUUUAUUCUGAUUUAUAUUUUUAAGUGUUGACUUGCUGGAAACCAUCAAACUUACAGCACAGCAGUUUUUCUCAUUUGGCUUGAGAGGCUUAUGAAUUUAAGGGAUAAUUCUUCACUUAUGAGCACAAACUCUUGAAUUUGUUGGUCAUUUCAACACACUAUAGCCUACUUCAAAUGUUUGCUGCCCUGACAUAAUGAAAUACUAAGAACUACAUAAAUGCAAUGAAAUUUAGUUAGCUUUACAAAUAUUUGUUCUUGCUAUCUUGCUUCUUGGUGAUUCUAAGCCUAAUGUUCCCUCUACGAGCUCUGUUUUGGUCUCCACCAGCUCCUGAGAAUGAUAUUUCUGCUCUUUAGCUAUUUGACUGAGCUAGUUAAAUAUGAAAUUAAAAUAGCGUUAGAAACCCUCAAGGUAGUCAAUGGAUGUAAAGUUGUUAGUGUGAUGUAGAGAUGGUGCACAGUUAAAAUGUUACGAAAAUGUUAUGAAAGACGCAUUUGUGACAUGAACAACCACUCUGAAACGUCUUGCUCCAGUCUAGGUUGUGAAGCGGAUUUGGGUUGUUCUGUCUGUGUUUAGCCAUUGUUGCUGGCUGAAGUGGCUUCGUUUUGGAACAGAACCCGCCCUACUCUGCUUUUGAUUGGCUAGUAGUCCUUUUUACUGUGCAUGUGCAACAAAGAUCGAAUAGAAGUGAGAUGCUUCACUUAGUAGCUGAAACGGAGCGUGCAAGACAUGAGGUGCUACAGAAAUGUGCAGUAUGACAAAAUUUGUUGGGGUUUUGUGAAAAUGAAACCAUGUAAAAUAUGUACAUAAUAAUUUUAAUUACUUUAACUAUACUAUCUGUGUGUAUACUUGAAUUGAUUGCUUUUUGGCCAUUGUUCCGUAUAACACGGAAUCGUCUGUAGUUGGAAACAAAUAGACGCGUUGGGUAUUGAACUGAUAUGAUAUGCGCUUUUCAAUAAUUUCACUGCAAAUUUAUGUGAGAGAAAUAUUACAGCUUAGACUGUAAGGCAGGGUGAGUUUUACAGAGAACAGAACAGAGAAUGUAAUUGGGCGCCGUGAGUCACAACCAAUGAAAAGCGUGAGUGAUACCGUUGCUAUGAUGCGCCUGACAGCUCUCUCUCUUGUUGACUGUCCCUUCACUUCCCUGUCAUUUCCCUUCUGUUUGUGGAUAGCUACACGCCUCACCCACUGUAAUUUUCAUUCCAGGAAGUUGGCACAUGAGGAUAAUAUCUGUCUCUUUAGCUGCAAAAUGCUUCACAGCGUUCACCAGCUUGUUGCUCACUUUGUCUCUGUUGUUUGGUGCUGGGGAGGUAAUACACAGUGGGGUUACCAAAGCUUUUUUUUGCUCAAAAUAGCUGCCUGUUGCUGGAAACAAAGUUCUACAAAACAGUAAAAUAAGGUAAUUAUACUAAAAAGCUCAGUAGAAAAACAAAAUACUGGCUACAACAAUGAGCUCAAAAAAGCUAAAACGUAGAGCUGCUGUUGUUAAUAACAACCCCUUUAACAUAUAUAAAACAUAUA